AAUUGUCAUCUUCGCAUCUAGCGCGAAAUUUGCAACGGAACUUAACACGUCUUUACACGUUUCAUAGUUUUGCUUGAAUAACCUGUUCCCAAUCAUUUGGUAAUCCCUCAAAAUGGCGACAAUGGCUGAAUUUAUACAGCAAUCUGAAAUAAAUGAUGGAAUACGUUUUUCCUGGAAUGCUUGGCCUGCUUCUCGACUAGAAUCUGCUCAAUGUGUUGUGCCUAUUGGAUGUUUGUAUACUCUGUUCAAAGAACGUUAUGAUUUCCCACCAAUUAAUUAUGAUCCAGUGUUCUGCAGUCGAUGUCGUGGUAUUCUUAACCCUUAUUGCCCGUUUGAUAUUAGAACUCGUACAUGGACAUGUUGUUUGUGUAAUACACGAAAUAGUUUUCCACCUCAAUAUGCAGGAAUGACUGAACAAAAAUUACCUGCAGAAUUGAUGGCUCAGUUUACCACACUUGAAUAUACCAUCCCAAAAGUUCAACUUGUUCCACCCAUUUUUAUGUUUGUUAUUGACACAUGUAUUGAAGAACCAGAAUUUACUCAUCUUAAAGAGUCUAUUCAAUUGUCGUUGAGUUUCCUACCACCACAUGCUUUUGUUGGUUUGAUCACUUUUGGGAAAAUGGUACAUGUUCAUGAAUUGGAAGCAGGACCUAUUUCUAAAUCAUGGGUAUUUAAAGGAACAAAAGAUUAUACAGGGAAUCAAAUCCAGGUUAUGUUAAGUGUUGGUCGUAGUUCAGUUACAACUGCUAAUCAACCUACUUCUGUAUUCAAUCCAAAUUCUCCUCCAGGUGCUCCUAAAGGUGUUUACAGUUCUGAAAAACAAUUUCAACAACCACAAAUGGCUCAAUUACCAUACAAUAGAUUUAUUCAACCAAUGGAAAGAUGUGAUGGUUUAAUCACUGAUUUGCUCACUGAAUUACAACCAGAUCCUUGGCCUGUACCUCAAGGUAAACGUCCUUUACGUUCAGUUGGUACAGCAUUGAGUAUCGCAGUUGGUUUAUUAGAAGCUGCUUAUCCUAAUACUGGAGCUAGAGUUAUGCUAUUUCUUGGUGGUCCAUGCACUCAAGGUCCUGGUAUGGUAGUUGAUGAUGAUUUAAAAAAUGUUAUACGUUCACAUCAUGAUAUGGAAAAAGAUAAUUGUAAAUAUAUGCGAAGAGCAAUGAAACACUAUGAAGGAUUAGCUAAUCGUGCUGCACAAAAUCUUCAUGUUGUUGAUAUAUUCAGUUGUUCAUUAGAUCAAACUGGUUUACAUGAAUUACGUUAUUUAACUAAUUAUACUGGUGGUCAUAUGAUUAUGGGUGAUAGUUUUGCAUCAAAUUUAUUUCAACAAACCUAUCGUCGUGUAUUCAAUAAAGAUGCAUCUGGUUCAUUUUUAAUGGGAUUAGCUGGUCAAAUGGAAGUGAAGACAUCAAAAGAACUGAAAGUGUCCGGUUGUAUCGGACCAUGUUUUUCAGCUAACGUUAAAAUGCCUAAUACUGGUGAACAGGAAGUUGGAAUUGGUCGUACUUCUGUCUGGCGGUUAAACGGUUUCACUCCAUCAACUACAUUAGCCAUUUAUUUCGAAGUAGCUACUCCAACUAGUGGUGGUGGAGUACAAAUACCUCCAGGUAGUAAUGGUAGAGGUUAUGUACAAUUUGUUACACAAUAUCAACGUGCUAAUGGUCAGCGUAAAUUACGUGUCACAACAGUAUGUCGUAAUUGGAUUGAUUCAACUACACAAUUGCCACAUAUGAUAUGUGGAUUUGAUCAAGAAGCGGCUACUGUACUGAUUGCACGAAUGGCAAUGUUCAAAGCUGAAACAACAGACAGCGUUGAUGUAUUACGAUGGUUGGAUAGGCAACUAAUUAAAUUAUGUCAUAAAUUCGGAGAUUAUCGUAAAGAUGAUCCAACUUCAUUUCGAUUACCUGGUGAAUUCUCAUUCUAUCCUCAAUUUAUGUUUCAUAUGAGACGUUCACAAUUUCUACAAGUUUUUAAUAAUAGUCCAGAUGAAACAGCUUAUUAUCGUCAUGUUUUAAAUAAAGAAGAUUGUUCUAAUUCAUUAUUAAUGAUACAACCAUCAUUGACAUCAUUCAAUUUAGAUGGAAGUGAAGAACCAGUUUUAUUGGAUUCUAGUAGUAUACAACCAGAACGUGUAUUAUUAAUGGAUAGCUUUUUCUUAAUUCUUAUUUAUGAAGGUGAUACCAUUGCUAAAUGGAAGAAAGCUGGCUAUCUGGAUAUGCCUGAAUAUGCACAUAUUAAACAAAUUCUAGAUAAGCCUAGAUAUGAAGCACAAGAAUUAUUAAAAACACGUUUUCCAGUAUCACGUUAUGUUGAAACAGAACAUGAUGGUAGUCAAGCACGAUUUUUAUUAUCGAAAGUUAAUCCAUCAUUAACACAUCAUACAAUGUAUUCAUUUGGUCAGGUAAUUAAUUUCAUACUCUUUUUUUGGUUCUACUUUUAUUCGCUCCUCCCCCCCCCCCGAAAAAAGUGUACUGAUCUAGUUUGAGUUAGAUUGGAUAAAAUAUGUAUUGGUCUACAAACUAACCAUUUAAAUUAUCAGUAUAGGGUUGUGGAGAUUAUUAAGUUCUUGAUAAAGAUCAUGAACCGAUUGAUAUUAGACCUCAAUUGAAAACCUGGAUGCACUGAACGGCCAUUUCGUCUUAUUAUGGGACUCAGCAGUGCACAUCCACGAUUUCGCGCUCAAACGCUUAACCUCUAGACCAGAUCAUUGAGCCGGCAUCUAACGGCGUUAAUGUCUAACCUCAACCAAUCCACGAAAUUGCGCGACCAUCUUUCAUUGUACUAAGGUAGAUAUCUGUCUCUGCUUGAUACGGAUUAGCUCCACUGGUCACGAUCUAACAUCAAUCGGUUCAGGAUCUUAAUCAAUAUCCAUUUAAAAUCCCAAAGAAGGAAAUGAUGUAAUGGAAAACUAGUUACUCAUGAGUAAUACGAUUAUAAUAAAUAAAUUUCGCAUAAAAUUAUCUCUUAAUUUAACCUUUAAAACCUAAUAAGCGAUCAUCUUUAUUUUUGUAAAAAUAGAUCUCGACCUAACUAUAUAGUUCAUAACAAUGAAUUUGAAUAGAAAAGGUGUAGUAUCCAAUGUUUCUAGUUAAGUUUACGUCAAUGUUCAUUUAAAUAAGGAAAAAAAAUAUCAGAAGGGGUUUUUUUGUGGAUACUGUAGUAAUUCCAAUGAUUGAAAUCAUGAGUAGUCAACUGAAACUAGACCAGCAUGGAAAACUUGGAAGCAUUGGACGACUGUCUCGCCCUGUUAUGGGACUCCUCAGUGGUAGUGUGCAUCCACGAUUCCAUGCCUCGAGAUUCGAACCCAGGACCUAUCAGUUUCGAUGCGCACUGCUGAGAAGACGGAACGCCCAUCCAGUGCUUCCAGGUUUUCCAUAGUGGUCUAGCUACAGCUGACUUAUAAUCUCUACCUUUGAAAAAAAAAUAGACAGAAAGUCUGAUGAAUCAAUCGUAGACGACGAAUAAUCGUUCAAAUAAAAUAUUACUGGCGAGACUAUAAUUUAUGAUCGAACUAAUCUGAUAGAAGAUAACAGGUCUCGGAUUUUAACACGAGGUUCACUCAUCAUCCAUUUGGAUAAAUAGAGUUUUGACAUUUUAGCUGAUAUCAGUUUGUGAUGAAAACUCGAAAUCUAAUUCCUAACCUCAAACCAUCAACUAUAAAUCAUAAUCCAAAUUCCACACACUCGUCCUAGUUAUCAAGUGGACAUUCUCAAAGUUAGUUUAGUGUCACUCAAAGAUCAUCCAUAAAUUAUAGUCUCACCGUGUUACUUUAUCACUUUUUUAUUGUUUGAAGUUUAUUCUUUCAUAAAAUGUAUUUUAUUAUGCCGUUCAUAAUACUGAUAUAUUACUGAACAAGUUUCCCUUGUACCAAUCUAUCUAUAAGAUGCAUGCUUUAAAAAUAAAAUGAAACUCUUCACUAUACCUGCUUUACUUAUUUAGUGUCAAGUAGAUGUAAGUAUUUCUUUUUGCAAUAAAAAUGUUGGUCUCGGUGUGUGUGUGUGUGUGUGUUUGCUUUUUACUAUGCUUUUACUAUAUGCAAACUUCCAAUAUUGACGUGUCAUGAUUAUUAAUGAAAUGCUUUGAUUCACAAAAGGGGAACAAAAAGAUUACUGAAUGUUGUUCCAUUUUAGUAGUAAAUGCUUAAAUAGCUCAAUACAUACAUUAGUCUAAUUGAUUCGAUACUUGCGUAUACAAUAUUGUAGUGCUAGACAGUUUUAGGUGUAGUCCAAAGGAAACUUGAGACCUAGAUUUCUCUGACUAUGAAACCGGAUGACUCAAAUUCGAAUCCUACUGGAAUCAACAGUUCCCUUAAGAUUGUAAGUGCGUCUUAGUGAUAAGCGCCAAGUAGCAUGAAACCUAAGUUAAGAGUUGUUCUCGAACUUCUUCCAACUACCUAAAAUCUAAACUUAGUGUGGAUGCUCUAUCGAGUCACAUAGACUAGUGAUCACAUCAAUUCAAAACCCUGAUCUAUGUAUGUACACCCUGAAAUACUUGAUUAAUCGAUUUACUGGCCUGUUUAUCAGGCGUGUACAUGUUUUAAUUUACGAAUAUAAUGUUUCUGUUGAUAAAAUCAAUCGGUAUCCCACACUUAUGAAUUUGCAAAAUAGUCAUAAUAACAGCUAGGGAACAUUACUAAAACGGAAUAUAAAACUCAACAUUUAUUCUGUCUUUGUUUAGCACACUUAUCAAGAAUAAUCAGUUAGUCAGCUACAACGUAGGACCAGG